AUGAUCGAAUCAUCUGACUCGGAAACGGGCAGUUUAGAAGGCAAAAGAAUAACAGAACAAUCAACAAAUACAAAUAGUCGUAGAGUGAAGUUAGUCACAAAAUUAUUAGUAGAUAUGAACUCAGGAUUAAUGGACGAUUUGAAUUAUGAUAGGGAUGUAGAUAAAAAAUAUGACGGUGAAACAAACAAUGAUAGAAGGAAUAGUAGAGGAAAUGACGCGGAUAUUUCCAACAAUGAUCAUGAUAAUGAUGAAAAUGGUGAAUAUGGAAGUCUCAUACCUAUGGCAGAACAACAGGUAGUACCCAAAAUAUCAAAGGCCACAAGACUAAGAGCAGAAAGGGUACGAAUAUAUCUUGAUUAUUACUAUAAUAUUAUGGAAGGGACACUUCGAUCUGGAGAAGAUGAGAAUGGACAUGAAAGAAAGAACAUCCAUAGGAACGUGGAAGGUGUUUAUAAUCCUCUUCAGAUAAUAAGAAAUAGAAAACUUAAGAAGAAAUAUCGUGGGGAAACAGCAACUUCGGGAUUUUUAUUUUACAAAGCUCCUAUCAUUGCUGUCAUUCAAUUUUCUAAUACUCCAAACAGAAAGAACUAUAAAUGGUUUGUUGAUGUCAAUGAAAAGUAUACAGAUUUAACUUUUAGAUCUCAACAUUGGGACGAAUUAAUAGAUCCUACUGGGCAUCGAUGGUUCGGAACCCAAAAAACUCAUAGAUUUAGAACAGAGGCUCAUAAAAUAAAGAAAAGACGUGGUAGCUCUCAUAUUACAGGCCACUUACAUCAUCAUCAUCAUAAAAAGAAUAAUAGUAAAGGAACAUUAUUAAGAGACAGUGAUCAAUCCUCAGAUUCUAUUUUAAAUAAGGUCCCGAAAUUAAUAGUGACAACUGACCAUUCUGACCCUAAUUUAGAAUCCAGGACAUCUAGUAAUAGUAAUGGUAUUAGUAGUCAAUUUUCUGACCUAGAUAAAGAUAAUUAUAACGACAAAUUGAUACAGACGGUGUCAGAUUCUGAAGUUGAGAAUGGGAGUUUAAAGGAGAAAGAGAGUAAUCAUUUAAAUAAAUUUGAGAAAAUCCUUAAUAAGACUAAAAAUCCCAAAAGAUGGUCUAGAUCUAAAUCACCAAACAAGAUACGAACUGAGGAAAAUAACAACGGCCAUGAAACUAAAAAGGAUGUAACAAAGAUAAUACCACAGGAACUAGCGCCAGAACAAGAGCGUUCUAAUAAUGAGGGUGAUCAUCGGGGAAGUGUAAGUGGUCCUAGUAGUAAAGAUAGAUAUGGCACAUACCAGACUCCUGUUGAUGGUACAGGCGUUAAAAAAUUAUCUUUAUUAGAUGACAUUCCUAUCCAUACAGUGAAGACCCACUCGACUAAUAAAUUAAAUAUAGAGUCUCCAGAAGUGACGAAAACCAAAAGCGGUAGUUAUAAAUAUGACAGCGAAAUUAACAGUAUUGAGCACAAGAGGGGGAUAAAAGAUGUUGAAAUACAUAAUAGAUUAACUACUGAAAAUGCGGACGCGGUUAUUAACAAUAAGAAUCUUAACAUAGUAACCAAUAGUGCGGAUAAUUCCAAGAAUAGUUCAAGCAAAGAAGCGACUCCCUUAUCCAAAGAAAGUAGUUCAAACAAUUUCAAUGAAUUGCCUGUAGAUAUUCAAUUACAGAAAUAUUGGCAAGAUACGAGGUAUGUCAUUAGUACUAUUGCCAUUAUGGAACACAGAAGACAAUCACAUGACUUAAUCAGACAAAGGGCUAUUCAUCGCAGAAAUUUGAUAAAAGUAGAUGAGAAUACAGAAAAGAAUAUGGCAGACACUGAACAAAUCAUUAAGGAAUAUGAUGAAGGAUUGGAUAGAGUAUUAAAAAUUGGUAAUAGUUGGACUUCCAAAUUAUUAAAUGAUUAUUCCAUUAGGGUGGAAACAUUGAUCUCAGCAAGUGAUAGAAUUCUGAGUGAUAUUAAUACUACAUUGACACUAAAAUUGAAAUUAUUUCAAGAAAAUACCGAUAGAUUUGGUACUAUACGUACCAUGCAGUCACAGAAGAUGACUAAAUCUAUUUAUAAGAUGUUAGAAUUUUUUAUUGUGUUAGUGUUAUGGAGUAUCUGGCUUGUUGUAAGUAUAUUAAGAGAAAUUAAAUUCUCAAUACUUCUCGUCUUAAGAUUUAUUAAAUGGAUAUUAUGGUAA